AUUUUGUAAUUUUUUUGAUUAAUAUUAUUAUAUCUAUAUAUUUUUAUUGUAACUUUAGGUUUUUCUUUCUAAAUAUUUUCAGGAAUAUAUACAGUUUGCUCAUAUUAUUACUUUUAUUGAUAUUAAUGGGCGCAUGGUUAACUACUUUGAAGCAAAUUUUUGGAGUCAUAUCCGAUAAUCGAAAGAUCCGUGUCUUGAUACUUGGUCUUGACAAUGCAGGUAAAACUUCUAUUCUAUAUAAGCUCCAUUUAGGAUGUGUGACUUCGACGGUGCCAACCGUAGGCUUUAAUUUGGAAACACUUCAAUAUAAGAAUAUUUCCUUUGAAGUUUGGGAUUUGGGUGGACAGACUGGAAUUCGACCAUAUUGGAGAUGUUACUUUAGCGACACAGAUGCAAUUGUAUAUGUUGUUGAUAGCACAGAUAAGGACCGGAUGGGUGUGGCAAAGCAUGAAUUAUAUGCUCUUCUUGACGAAGAUGAACUAAAUAAGAGUCUCUUACUAAUAUUUGCUAACAAACAGGAUUUGCCGGGUGCAUCCAGUGAGGUAGAAGUUAUGCAGCAACUUGGUGUUAUUUCUAUUAUAGAUCGACCUUGGACAGUCAUCAAGAGUAGUUCCAAAACAGGGGAAGGAUUGGUUAAGGGGAUGGAUUGGUUAGUAGACAAAUUGCGCGAGAAAGGUAUUACAAGCGGUGAAUAAGUCCAAUCACACUUAAUAUCGUUUUUUUUAGUAUAUAUAAUUUUUAUAAUGUUGAAAUUGAACAAAGGAUACUAAACAAUAUACAUUUAGUAUGUCUCUUUAUAUUUCUUUAGUAUGAUCCUAUUGAUCUUUAAAUGAUAAAAAGAAAUCAUUAAAAGGAUAUGUACCUGUAAGGAAUGGUAAGGUGCUUUCUGAUAGAGUUACCCAUAUUUUAUUAUUGUAUAUUUUCUUAAAUUUUAACUUAAAAUAAAUAUUUUCCUCACUUUUUCCUUUAUUAUUACCAUCUGAACCAAGAUUUAACACUCCCAAAGAAGGUGCAGACUACGUAUGUAUUAAAUAGUUGCCU